GGACCCGACGCAACAUACACAUCACCACAAGAAGAAACGGUUUCACCUCAACGUCUGCCGAGGACUAAAUCCCAUCCGCAGUAGCGCUGGUGAUGGCGAUGGUGUGUAUGUGGGCAUGCACACGGCUCAGAGCUGUUGGAAGCACGCGGCUGCGUGUCUGCAGGUGGACGAUAAAGCGUUCUUUAAUCUGGGCAAGGCCGAGUCCAUGCCUACUG